AUGGACGACAAUAAUAAAAAUAUUUUUGAUGUUCUUGAAUCGUCAUCCUUUCCAAGAAGCAUCAUCAAUGAUCGAAAAAUAAAAUCACCAACAACUAUAUCAUCCAAUAGUAUGCUUUUUAGUCGGCGCUCUCAUCUUCCAUUGAUGAAUGCUGGUAAUGGUUUGUAUUCUGGCUCUUCAUUGUCGCCUCAACCUUCAUCACCUGGUGAAGUUGAAAGACAAAAACGAAAAGAGCGAACUCUUCAACGUCUUGGUUUUAAAAAUCCCGGCCCAAAGAAUUUAGUCAAUGUAGCCAAUGUACCAGCAAGACGUCCCAAAACUCGACAAAAAUGUUUACAAGAAAAACUUAAUACAAAUAAACCAUUAUAUGAUGAAUCUGGUCUGCUUAUAACUGAUCGAGGAGAUCGAUGUGAUUGUAAUCGUUCAAAAUGUCCCGGCUGCUUUAUACCAUGUACCAAUUGUGAAUCACCAAAAUGUGGUUUGGAAUGUCGAAAUUAUCGAACUUAUUCUUAUGAAUAUCGUUUAUAUGGAACAGAUAAAGAAAUAACUCAACAAUAG